UAGCUAGCUCAACUAACGCAGCUAAUAUGGGCUAACCGGCGCAGUGAUGAUGUGCUGUCCGUGCGUCUUUUACCUGCAAGACAAGUGACCUUUCAGCUGACGUUACACAUGACAUUCAGUUUUACUAAUAUGUUUUAAUUUCCAGGACUAAGGGGAUCAGCUGUGAGAUUUGAAGUCACUGAAAGAUGGGGGAGUUUGAGAGCAGUCCUAUGGGCCGGGUAACAGUGUACUCCAUCCAGGGUUGCCCGCACUGUGUGCAGGCUAAGGCUACCCUAGGGCGUUUGGGAUUACCAGUAUAUGACGUGGAUGUGGGGAGACAUCCAGAGCUAAGAGCCAGGGUGAAGGAGCUGACAGGACGCAGCACAGUCCCUCAGAUCUUCUUCAACAGCAUUCAUGUUGGAGGCAACGAUGACCUACAGAAAUUGCCUCCUGAGGAGCUUCAGAGGUUGGUGAAACUGGUCAAGGAAGAGCCUCUUCCAGCAGAUGCUCCCCCACUGCCAGAAGACAAUCAGUCAAAGGACACGGCUGGAGAGAGCGAUGGAGAGUUUGUGUGUGAGAGAGAUGAGUUGGCGGGCCUGGUAGAGGACCUCAAACAUGCCAGUGUGAUUGGCAGUCAUAGGAGGGGCCUGAAAGUAUACAAAAAGAGCUUCACAGGUGAUCAACUGGUUGACUGGCUGCAGAAAGAGAAGGGCAUGGCCAGGGCUGAGGCCUGUAACACUGGCCAAGCGUUGUUGCAGAAGAAGUACAUGGUCAGUGUACAUGGCUGUGGGAAGCAGGAUGGCACUUUUGGAGAAGGGAAAGACACCAUGGACACACUGUACAGGCUGAUGGAGGAUGACCCUCAUUCAGCCCUCAACGCAGGACAGACAGCAGCCUGCAGUCCCAUCAAGGCUGCUGAGCUCUCUUUGCUUUUACGAGAGAUGAUUCUGAAAUUGUUCUCUGAGCAUCUCUCCGCCGAUGGCAAGUCCGUGGACUACAAAGGCAUGUCAGUGAGCCCUGCCUUUGAACGUUACACUGAGCUAGCCAUUCAGCUGCAGAGAGUGGAGCUGCUUUCGCUGAGCCGGGAGGAGAAACUGGCCUUCUUCAUUAACAUCUACAAUGCCUUGGUCAUCCAUGGGUACCUGCGCCUCGGGGCCCCCACCAACAUGUGGCAGAGAUACAGAUUCUUCAACUAUGUGAGCUAUCUGAUUGGAGGAGAAGUGUUUACAUUACAGGACAUUGAGAAUGGUGUUCUGAGAGGAAACAGAAAAGGUAUCUCACAGCUUCUGAAGCCUUUCUCCAAAACGGACCCACGACUUCAGGUGGCCCUCCCAGAUGCUGAGCCCCUCAUUCACUUUGCCUUGAAUUGUGGUGCAAAGGGCUGCCCACCAAUUAAAACAUAUACCCCACAGGACAUUGACAGCCAGCUCCGCACGGCGGCUGAGGCCUUCCUGGAGAACGACGACGGCUGUGUGGUGGAUUCUGGGAAAAGAGAAGUGCGACUCAGUCAGAUAUUCAAGUGGUACAAAGUCGACUUCGGAGGAACUGAUGAGAAGCUGCUGAAGUGGGUGUUGGAGCACAUGGGCGACUCCCCGAAGAAGACCAGCCUGCAGGGUGUCCUUUCUGCUGGGAAGACCAAAGUCAGCUUCCUCCCAUACGACUGGAGCACCAACAGUGCGCACUGAGCAUGCACUCAGUCCACUUUCUGCUUAAAAACCAGAUGGUUGGCAAUGAUGUGCUUGCCAAAUGCAGUCCACUGGUCCUCAGCCAUGCAAAUGUCUUUAUGCAAAACAAACUGUAAACCCAAGCGGUGGUGGGGGUUGCACUCUACCUUAGAGUCAUACUUGUGGGCUUAAGUUAGCUUUAUUGUAAUCACACACACCCUGUUUGGAAGUUAUGUACUGCAUGUUGAGUUGUACAUUUGAGUUUUAUUGUUUUUAAGUAAUAACAGAGAACCUAUUUUAAAAAUCUAUUUGCACACAGAAACUGCAGCAGCAUGAGUAAUAGGAAGCUUGUUAUGAUUGUUGCUUUCUGUUAUUAAUGUCUUAUGUAAAAUGUCAAAGCCUGAAAAUUUAACAUACAUUUCCUAAAUUACUUAAGAAUUAUAUUAAUCACAGAGAAAGCCAACCAAAAGCAUUCUGUACGGUAAGACACAGAAUCACCAACAUGGCCUCCACCAUUCUUGAUUUUUCAAACACCGUGUCAGCAACUCAGGAGUCAUAGAUUAUCACUGUCUUCUCUGUUCAGUACAGCACUCGUUGGGCUAUUUAUGUGGAGCAUUUAAUCAGAGCAGAUGGCUGUUUCAAAAACACUGCCUUGACAAGCCAUAUCAAAACCCUUGGAACUUACAGUCAUACUCUUUCAUGUUCAGCGAAUUCUGCAGAUGGGUUAAGGUUACCCUAACCCUUCACAAAGCUGCUCCAUCAUUUCAGCACCAUUUUUAAUCUACAGAGUUACAGUACAGUUUUAACAUUUACUGGUAAUGGAAUAUUAGUGCAUCAUUGUACACUCUGUAUAUCAAAUACUAAAAUAGCAGAACUGUAGGGUGGCACAGGGGCUAUGAGGGAGACUGUUUCUGCUGAUGUCCUUCUUUGUGGAUAACAUCCUUGCAGUUGCAGAUGCAGAGCUCAGACUUUUGCAUGUCUGGUUUAAGCAUAAAGUUCUAACCCCUUGUGAUAUUUUCCUUCUUUUAUCUUCAUUUGAAUCGACAUUGCUGAUCACUCCUCUCUCUUUUUGAUCCAGGUCUUCCAUUUUAAAUCAGAAAAGUGCUACUGCUGUGUUUCUGGCACAGUUAUUUAGUAAAAGAUAUUGUAAUAUUGAGACUUACUUGAUUAAAAGUACACCCAUUCGGGAUGCAUUCUGA